GUUCAUUUCUCAUCCUCAGUUGGUUGCACGAUCUCGUCGCGAUAGCACCCGCGCACCGUCCUAGUCACGCGUCGCGUAACGAGAAGGUGUGGGCUGUGCGAUUUUUCUUCUGAAGCUGUCGUUGAUCACCCCGAUGUGACUGAACUGUGACUCAAACAUUUUUUGUUUCGUUUUUGAGACGGGUGGUCGGUGAAGAUAUGUUGGCGGAUGGGAACGCAUCAGGGAGACCACGCGAUGACAGCAGUUUGCGUGUAACGGAUUAAGUGAUCUUGUAGCGAAAAAGCAUAACGCGAGGAUGGUGCGCACGCCGUGAUCGAUAGUGAUUGUUCUAUUUCGAAUUUCUCAACCAAUAACGACGAGUGGCAGUGCAAUCUCCCGUGUUGUAGAGUAACCCCAUGACCCAGAAUCUAUAGAAUUAUCGUGUGUUUUGUGAUUGAGAGAAGAUAAUAGCGAACGCAAUGACAGAAUGGCGCUAAAAGUGACGCGAAAAUGUUUAGUCUACUCUGUGCUGGCGGUGAUCGUUGGGGCUGCGGUGAUCGCGACGGCUUUAGUGCUAAUUCUACGGGACGACGAAGAGAUCAUGAAGAGUUAUAAGUUCGCUAACAGCGAUUUGGUGAUUCAGCUGCAGGAACAACCGGAUCAUCGAUAUGUGAUUAGUUUGAUCAGAGAUGGCACCACAAUCCAACGCGUCACCCUUGAUCACGACUUCACCGAUGAUUCCGAAAUUGAAUCUAUCCCCCGUGGGCUCCUUCUGGAGGGCAACGCGCAACGACUGGAAAUCAAAGACAUCGAAGACACGGCCGAAUUUUCGAUGAUCAGCAUUUCCCGAACUCUCCGUCGGGGUCAAAUCAUAUCCGAUAUUGUUCACACCGAUGAACAACCGCAAGGUGGCCGUCCACUUCAGUGGUACGGAGGACCCGAACAGAUGGAUCAGUUCUACCCGGUGCAACGGUUGCGCUUCGAAGACUAUGCCUACAUCCCGAAGGAGUUGCAUAGUUCAGCGAUCGUAGAGCGGUAUUGGGUCAACUCCGCGGGAGUGUUUUUCUACGUGGAGAAAGAGGUUCCGCUGUUCAUCGAUCAGGACGAAGAAACGUUACGACUGACGGCGAAAAAGGAACUUCCCUACUAUACGUAUGAUGACACGUUCGUUUUCAACUACCGGAUCGGGGUGGCGAAGAAUGUGAAGGAAGCCCACUUGAAAGCUGUUGAUAAAGUCCUCAACAAACCGGUAGACAUUCCCGACGCACGCAUGGUUCGGCAUCCGAUUUGGUCGACCUGGGUACGCUACAAGAAGCCGAUCAGCCAGCAAACAGUGCUGGACUAUGCGAAGGAAAUCAACGAUUACGGUUUCAAGAACGCCCAGCUGGACAUCGACGACUACUGGGAGAACUGCUACGGGUCGUUGAUCUUCAAUCCCAUAACGUUUCCGAAUGUGACCGAGCUGACGGAACAGCUGAAGGAAAUGGGAUUCCGUGUGACGCUGUGGGUUCACCCGUUCAUCAACAAGAACUGCCAACCGUGGUACACGGAAGCGAUGACCAAAGGGUUCUUGGUGAAGUCUCACAACGAAAGCAUCGGUUACAACACCAAAUGGUGGAACAGCGACGAAAAUGAAGCGUCCUACAUCAACUUCAUCAACCCGGCAGCAGUGGAUUGGUUCCGGCAGAGGCUCGCAGAGCUACGGGAUCAAGGAAUCGACAGUUUCAAGUUCGACGCUGGUGAAACGAGUUGGGCGCCAGCGGAUCCCGAUGUGGAAGGUCCGAAAGCGCUGCUGCCGGCCAGUAUGACCACCAGUUUCGUACGGAUGUGUGCCGAGUUUGGGCCGAUGAUCGAGGUCCGCACCGGAUGGGCUACGCAGGAUCUGCCGGUGUUUGUAAGGAUGCUUGACUUCGAUACCCGUUGGGGCAAGAACAACGGGUUGCAGUCGUUGAUUCCGACGUUGCUACAGAUGAACUUGAACGGAUAUCCGUUCGUGUUGCCCGACAUGAUCGGUGGGAAUAUGUAUGGUAAUGAUAUUCUGACAAAGGAGCUGUUCAUCCGGUGGCUGCAGGCGAACACGUUCAUGCCGAGUAUGCAGUUUUCCAAGGCUCCGUGGGAUAUCGACUUGGAGACAGUAGCAAUUGCGAAGCGGUUCACCUUACUUCACGAGGAAUUCUCGGACUACAUCCUACAACGAAUGCGCCUCACAGUUGCCGAAGGGAUUCCCGUUAAUCCUCCCAUCUGGUGGCUCGAUCCGGAGGAUGAAGAAGCUCUGAAGUGCGACGACGAAUACCUUCUCGGUGAGGACAUCCUGGUGGCACCGGUGCUGACGGAAUUCGCCAACAAACGGGACGUUUACCUACCUAAGGGUACCUGGCGCGAUGGGAACUCAACCCAGGUGUACGAAGGAGGCCGCUGGUUGCGUGACUAUUCCGCACCGAUGGAUACGUUACCAUACUUUGUCAAAACUACGUUCCAAAUGCGGUAGAAUCGGGAGAAAAUGAGAAAGAUCGACUGGUCUUUUAUAUGUGAUCACACUCCUAUCUAGCGGUGUUGUACAUAGUCGGUACUCAAAAACGGCUUUCGAAGAACUUGUGGAAUGAAAGAUAGGUACAUACCUUGUCGUGUUAACUAAUAGAUGAAAACAUUAUAUUAUAUUAAAUGUUAGUUGGACUUCCGUUCAA